AACCACCGCGUUAAGCAAACGCACCCUGGUUUCUUUUGAAAUCGUCUGCUUUUUUUAUUUUCAUUCCGCUCCCGUUUAAACAGUUUAUGUAUUUCUCAGCAACUUCAUCGAUUCCUUGCAAAAUCCUCUUUCAUUUUCUUCGCGUUUUAUCGAUCACACAUAUUGUUGAAGUGCGACUUCUUUGAAGCUUGCUUUAUUGUUUUCAUGGUGGCGCACUGAAACCCGAGAAUUUGCUCAUAUUCUUGUUUUUUUCUGAUUCCGAGUGAAGCUUUUACUCUUUUACCGAGGUUAUAUUCUUUUACUUAAGUCUUGUCACUUUUUGUUGGGAAUGAUCUAUAGCUGGUGGACGUGUCAAACCCUGUUUGUUUGCUGAUGGAAUCAGGAAAUUAGGGUUCUAGAGAGCCAAUUCUGCUUACAGUUUCAAAACACCCAUUCGCUUUACUGAAAUAUUAGGAUUUACAGGGCAAUUGUUCCAUUUAUUUUCUUUACAGCGCAAUUGUUCAUUUUUUUUUUAAGAAAGGAACAUUUUAGUUCGGAAAUUCCCGUAAACAUUCCCUGAGUUUUUGGUGAUUAGGUUUACAGUAUUAUCAAGAAAUCGAUACUGACUCGAGCCAAUAUUUAAAAUUUUCAGCCAUCGAUCCCAAAUUUUACAUAAAUACGCCCUCGAGACUUGAUCCUUAGGCAAUAUAACUUACAGGGAACUGGGGUUAGGAUUUCCGAGCCUCUGCUCAGUUUUCAUCAAUGGAGAUGAAGGGGCUAGGUAGAUUCACUCUUGGCAAGCAGUCAUCUCUUGCUCCACAACCAGAGAGCCAUGAUGUGCUUGAAGAGAUGCCUGAAAAUUUCGACCCAACGGUGAGGCUUAUGUAUCUUGCAAAUGAAGGUGACUUGAAUGGGAUCGAGGAGCUUCUUGAUCAUGGGGCUGAUGUCAAUUCGGUGGAUUUUGAUGGUCGAACUGCUCUGCACAUCGCUGCAUGUCAGGGUCGCUCAGAUGUUGUUGAAUUGCUUCUGAAGAGGGGUGCAAAUGUCGACCCCAAGGAUCGGUGGGGUAGCACGCCACUUGCAGAUGCAAUAUAUUACAAACACCAUGAAGUGUUCAAGCUUUUGGAGAAGUAUGGUGCAAAACCCCCGAUGGCUCCAAUGCAUGUCCAAAAUGCUCGAGAAGUCCCAGAAUAUGAAAUUGAUCCCAAGGAGCUUGACUUUACUGACAGUGUUGAAUUGACCAAGGGAACCUUUCAUAUUGCAACAUGGCGGGGUACUAAAGUUGCAGUGAAAAAACUAGGAGAGGAUGUAAUUACAGAUGAGGAGAAAGUGAGGGCUUUUAGGGAUGAGCUUGCUCUGUGGCAGAAGUUACGACAUCCAAAUGUGGUCCAGUUUCUGGGUGCUGUAACUCAAAGUAGUCCAAUGAUGAUUGUUACAGAAUACUUGCCUAAGGGUGAUAUUCGUGCAUACUUGAAGGAGAGACUAGCAUUAAAAUCAUCAAAAGCAGUGAAGUUUGCCCUUGAUAUUGCAAGGGGAAUGAAUUAUUUGCAUGAAAAUAAGCCAGAGGCUAUAAUUCAUCGUGAUCUUGAGCCUUCAAAUAUAUUGCGAGAUGAUUCUGGACACCUCAAAGUUGCAGACUUUGGGCUAAGUAAGCUGCUGAAAGUUGCCAACACUGUGAAAGAAGAUAGACCUCUAUUAUCUCAAGACAUUUCUUGUCGGUAUGUGGCUCCUGAGGUUUUCCUUAACGAAGCAUAUGACACAAAAGUAGAUGUUUUCUCAUUUGCUUUGAUUGUACAAGAGAUGAUUGAAGGAUGCCCACCUCUAUCUCCAAAACCAGAUGAAGAAGUUCCAAAAGCAUAUGCUUGUAAAGAGCGGCCUCCUUUUAGAGCUUCAGCCAAGCAUUAUCCACAUGGCUUGAAAGAGUUGAUUGUGGAAUGUUGGCAUGAAAACCCUUCACGGCGACCUACAUUUCGAGCCAUUAUUGAGCGAUUAGAUGCAAUCGACCACCAUGUAACUCAAAAGAAGCAUUGGAAGGGCAAACCGGUUAAAUGCUUCGGGAAUCUGGAAGCUGUGUGGUACGUACUGCACAAGAAGGAUCACUCAGAUCCAAGUUCCCAGUCUUCGCGAUCCAACUAGUCGAAUAUGUGUUUUCUGUUUUGUGCGAGUGUUGGUAAGAUAAAUACCUCAUUGUUUACUAGACUAAAAACUAUAGGCUCUUUUGGUCUAUGCCUAAAGUCUAGUUAAGCUAACUGCAAGUAAUGCCAUUCAUUUUUAUUAUAGCAUCUGAUAAACCUGUUCCAUUCAAAUUUACCUUGCUUAUGCCAGCCUCAAGUGGCUGUAGCUUAUUGUGGUUUGAGCUCAGGCCCUGAUUUUUUAUUCUUUGUGGAAUUGAGAGGCGCAUUUGAUUUUUGC